CUCCAUCUGUUGGAGUACAUUAGAGGAAACUCCUUUUUUCUAAGAUUUCUUCUUUUUUCACUUAGCUUUCUUGUACUUACUGAUCUUGCACUUACCGAUCUUAGCAAAAUAAGCCAGAUAUAUUGGUGUCCAGUCUUAAAUGUUUCUGAAGAGACACCUGUGAUGGAAAUAUACACCCUGGACAAGAAGUAAAGAGGAGCCUGGAAUCUCCUGACAUAUAGACAUACAUAAUGUGGCUGGAAGAAUCCCAAAUGAAAUCAAAAGGUGCCCUGCAUCCCCAGCGGAUCCCUUGGGUUUGUGCUGUUGUUUCCAUCUCGUUCCUCAGUGCUUGCUUUAUCUCAACUUGUUUGGUGACUCAUUACUUCUUACUCUGGAAGAGAGGAAGCGCGUUGAAGUUCUCAGACUACCACACAAGGCUAACAUGCAUCCUAGAGGAGCCACAGCCUGGAGCUACAGGUACCUGGACCUGCUGUCCUGUUAGCUGGAGAGCAUUCCAGUCUAACUGUUACUUUCCUCUUAAUGACAACCAGACCUGGCAUGAGAGUGAGAGGAACUGCUCGGGGAUGAGCAGUCAUCUGGUGACCAUCAACACAGAAGCAGAACAGGAUUUUGUGACUCAACUUUUGGAUGAACAAUUUUCCUAUUUCUUGGGACUUUCUUAUGAGAAGGUGGAAGGUCAAUGGCAAUGGGUGGACAAGACGCCAUUCAACCCAAACGUGGUAUUCUGGAAAGUUGGGGAACCCAAGGACUAUAUGGAAGAAGACUGUGUUGUCCUUGUUUAUGACCAAGAUAAAUGGGUCUGGAAUGAUUUUCCUUGUCACUUUGAGAUGGGAAGGAUUUGUAAGUUACCUGGAGCAACAUUUGAUUGGAAUCCCUCGAAGUGAUCCUUAUGAUGGGGAUGGAGAAGACAAACCUAUCAGACCCAGGGAAAGUGUAUGUGUCAUAGAAAUAGAGAACACAUUGGGUCAUAGAGCAUAGUUAACCACGAGGAUGUUCAUCAUUAUUUUUGUUUAAAUUUAAUUCAAUGUACAUAGUGUGGUUUGCCCUCCCUCUCUCCCCCCCCUCUUUCUCUCAUGUGUGUGUGUAUGUGUGUACACACCAGCAUGUGCACACAUAUGUUUAAGAUAGUAAGGUUCUGUGUGGUGUUUUGGUAGAGAGAAUGACCAUCAUCCUAUGGGAUUCAGGUUUUAAUUGUUGCUUCCUUGAGAGUAUUUUAAGAAUUUAUUUUUCAGUUGGUAUGUUUUUGUUUUAUAUUUAAUGAAAGGAUUAGGUUUGUAAUCUUUUUUCAUUUUUCUCUUGUCUUAAUUAUUACCUCUUAAAAUCCAAACUUACAGCAGACAAUAUGGUAGUGAUAGAUCACAUUUUAUUCUUCUCUCAUACAUUACAUUGUGACCACAGAUUCCAUCUAUUCUUCCCAGUCCUCUCUACUACCUCUGUUUCAGAUCCACCCUCCCCAUUUCCCUUCAGAAUAGGGCACGGCUUCCAGGAAUAUCUGCUGAAUACAGCAUAAUAAAUUGCAAUAAGCUAGGCGCAAACCCUCAUAUCAAGGCUGGAUGAAGCAACCCAGUAGGAGAAAAGGGUCCCAUUUUAGCCUAAAUCUCAGUUUAAAAUUUUAACAAUUUUAUUGAUUGAUAUUUUACUUUCACAUUUAAAUAGUUCCUGAAGAUCUCGCAGGAAAACAGUGUAAAAUAGGCUUCAGUGAUGGUAUUGCACAAGAAGAAAAGAAGCAAAUAGACCUUUUAGCAAUUUUCUUCUUUCUUCAUCCUAGCUGUUGGGUCAAAGCAGGUAGUUUCAUGAUGACCUAACUUCUUUGUAAUGCGCUCUUUUCAACCCCGUUUUAGCUGAGGAAACAAAGUCCCGGGAAGCUGAAGAGCUCCCAUUCGUAUUGCUUUUUCAUGACAAUCAGAACUAUAGUUCACAUCUACCUUUUCCUGGAGAUGAACCCCAUCUCCAUUCUACUUACAGUAAAUUAAUGGCAAUAAGCUGGCCUUUUGGCUUGGCUAAGGACUCAAUUUUGUUAAUUAUUUGAAGUUCUACUCUAUUGCAGUUUUCAUUUUGAAUCAUAAAGAGAGCACAUUUCAAUUUUUUUUUAAAAAAUUGUUCCAAUGUUUAAGAACUGUACUAUUGGUAGGAAUGUCACUGAAUUAGCAACCUCCAAUGUGGCAGAACAUUCCCCUAAUGAAUAAAGAUUUCAAGGAGCCAAUCACUGGGCAAGAGACAGGACUUUUGGGUUGGAGAGAGGAAGAGGGGAAGAGGAGAAAAGAUACUCACUUUGGGGACGAAAGAUGACCAUGGAGGCCAAAAUGUAGGUAGCAGAAGCCCUGGUUCAUGUGCUUGGACCUGCUUCCAGAGGAUUUAUAACUUAGAAUAGCUUACAAAUAUCAAUUGGCUUCCAGAGAAAAAGGUACGAUGACAAAGUGUGGGUUUGUGAGAAGUGCACCCUAACUAGCUGUGGGAAUUUGGAAGCAUGGGGCUGGCAUGGCAGUUACCUGUAAGAGAACCACAAGAUGAGCGGUUGCUCCAUGAAGCUUGCUCCAUAGAGGUGGAGAGACUGCUAGGGCCAGAGAGUAGCCAGCGUUAGUGUGAGAUGGUGCCUUUUUAAUAUUUCCCGCUACACUACAAUUAGAAUGUUUGUACUAUUAGUUAUGACUUACCAUGAGAAAGCCUACUGGGGGCUAUAGAGAUAGAUCAGUGGUUACGAUUGCUUGCUCUUCUUCCAGAGGACCUGAGUUUGAUUCCCAGUACCUACAUCAUAGUGGCCUACAGCACCAACUCUGGGGUAUUUGACUCUUCUGGACUACACAACACAACAACUUCUGCAUAUACAGUACACAAAUGUACACACACACACACACACACACACACACACACACACACACACACAAGGAAAUUAAAUAAACAUUUAAAAGAAAAGUACUGUUCUGGUUUUGCUUGAAAUUUGAUUUGCUAAUAUUUCCUAUCUCUGAGCUGAGAAUUUCCAAGCAACAACUCUUUAACCUUUCUUUUCCUUCCCUAUAUUGAAAGGCAACAACUACUCUGCAAGUUUGUUAACGACUUUCUGGGUUAAAUGUAGAACAUUAAGGUUUGGUUCAGUGUGACAGUGUAACAUGUGUUUUGUGUGUGUUCUCAUUAAAGAUGGUAUCUUUAAAAGAAGUGGAACUAAGUAACUUCACAUUGGGUUGAAAAUACUAAUUAAAUCAUAACACUCAAGACAAAUUGAAAUAAUUUUAUGUAUUAGUGGGAUUUAUAUAUUUAAUAUUAUCCAUUUUGAUGUACAAAUUAUACACCUGUCUAUGAUGAAAUCCAGUAGUCAAUAAAAUAUAACCCUCCAUGAUUUCCUUCA